AUGUCAGCCGCGAAAUCGCGCUGGGCAGACAAUGACCCAGAGACGGAAGCGAUAAUUGCCCAGCGCAAGCGCGAGAAGGAGGAGAAGCGCCGCACCAAGGCGGAAAAACAGCGCCAGCUUGAGGAGGCCAGCAAAGCCCCAGCUCCCAUAGAGCCAGCCGAUGCUGACCAAGGGGUCAAUGGGGAACAGGGACCACCAAAAAAGCGAAGGAGAUUGUCAAAUGACCCCGACGCGUCUUCGGCGGCAGGUGAAGUCUCGACGAGUGCAGAGCUGAAGAAGCAGUCGAGCUUGCUGAGGUUCCCUGUUGGCGAGUGGGGACCUUGUAGGCAUGUUGACAACUUUGAGCGAUUGAAUCAUAUCGAGGAAGGCUCGUAUGGAUGGGUUUCGAGAGCCAGAGACAUUACGACGGGUGAGAUUGUGGCGCUGAAGAAAUUGAAGAUUGAGAACUCGCCGGACGGGUUCCCGGUGACGGGAUUGAGGGAGAUCCAAACGCUCCUGGAGGCGCGGCACCAGAAUGUUGUCUAUCUCCGGGAAGUGGUGAUGGGUAACAAGAUGGAUGACGUCUUCCUAGUGAUGGACUUCCUUGAACACGACCUCAAAACCCUCCUUGACGACAUGCGCGAACCGUUCCUCCCAUCCGAGAUCAAGACACUACUCCUGCAGGUUGUGGGUGGCCUUGAAUUUCUACACUCGCAAUGGAUCAUGCAUCGUGACCUAAAAACCUCUAACCUCCUCAUGAACAACCGUGGCGAGAUUAAGAUUGCCGACUUUGGUAUGGCACGAUACUACGGUGACCCACCACCCAAGUUGACACAGCUCGUCGUGACUCUUUGGUAUCGAGCACCCGAGCUGCUGUUGGGCGCGGACAAGUAUGGCACGGAGAUUGACAUGUGGAGCAUCGGCUGUAUCUUCGGCGAGCUUCUCACCAAGGAGCCCCUGCUUCAAGGCAAGAACGAAGUCGACCAAGUCUCCAAGAUCUUUGCCUUGACGGGACCUCCCAAUCAGCAAAUCUGGCCAGGCUUCCGAUCCCUGCCCAACGCGAAAUCUCUACGUCUUCCACAAACUUCGGCUUCACCUGCUGGGAACCCGCCAUUGCUACCUCGCUCCAGAUUCCCCUACCUCACAAACGCGGGUUUGAACCUGCUGUCCACGCUAUUAGCGCUGAACCCAGCUUCCCGUCCAACCGCACAGCAAUGUCUAGCACACCCGUACUUCCGGGAAGACCCUCGUCCCAAGCCAAAGGAAAUGUUCCCGACCUUCCCCUCCAAGGCUGGUAUGGAGAAGCGGAGGCGCCACCAUACACCAGAGGCUCCUAAACGGGGUCAAGAUGCCCCUGAGCUGGACUUUGCGGGUGUGUUUGGUGGGGCAGCUGGAGGUGAUACAGGCGAGGCUGGUGCUGGAUUUUCCCUUCGCCUGGGAUGA